GCAGCUUGCGCUCGCUUCGUGUCGUUGCUAAUCAGGCGUUUCGCCUAGUUGCCGGCUAACGUGCUACGACCGCGAACUAUUACUGCACCGACAAACAUGACGAUUUUCACACCGAACUAACGUUGCGUGUAUAAAUUAUAAACACGAACAUUUAUAUAAACUUUUUGUUUUAACUUUAAAAUAUUUUAACUCUUAAGCCAAAAUGGUUAGCGGCAAUAAAGAUCCGAGUGAUCUUAAAAAAGUGCCACCAAAGAACCGUGAGAAGAAGACCAAUAACUACAUGAGAGCUAAUUGGUUUUCCAAGACAUGGUUCGUCUGGAUGAUGCCCACUUUCUGGAGGGGCUACAAGCGGGACCUCUACGACUCGGACCUUACGAAACCCAAAGAGAGCCACCUCUCCGACAAACUUGGCGAUCGGCUCGAAAAAAAAUGGCUGGAAGAAAUUGCACUGGCGAGCAAGCAGGGCCGUAAACCAUCUUUACUUCGCGCAAUGACCAAGGCUUUCUGGAUGAGUUACGCUCCUUCUGGCAUUAUGUUCCUGAUACAAGCACUCGUACUCAAGCCCUUCCAACCAGUAGCGUUGAGCUUGAUGCUUACGUACUGGGAGCCAGGCUCAACUAUGUCCUACGAGCAGGCAGUGUACUGCGCGACAGCUGUGAUCAUGAUGUCGCUGCUCAUCGCCUUCCUCAACCACCACGGCACAUACUCCACUCAACAGUUCGGCAUGAAAGUUCGCAUCGCCGCCUGCUCACUUAUUUAUAGAAAGGUAAUGCGGAUGAGUUCCGGUGCGCUAGCGCAGACUACAGCGGGGCAAGUCGUCAAUCUCCUCUCAAACGACGUGAACCGUUUCGACUAUGCCUUCAUUUACACACAUUUCAUCUGGAUCCUGCCACUCCAAGUUGUCGUGGUGUGCUACCUCAUAUACUUAAAGAUCGGCUACGCAGCCAUCGUAGGAGUCAUCGGCAUUGUGUUGCAGACCAUACCGGUACAGUCUUAUAUGAGUAAAUUGGCGGCAAGGUUGCGAAUGAGGACCGCGUGCAAAACUGACGAGCGCGUGCGAAUUAUGGACGAAAUUAUUAGUGGCAUGCAGGUGAUAAAGAUGUACGCCUGGGAGAAACCUUUCGAGCAGGUAGUGGCUUUGGCUCGCAAGAACGAAAUCAAGUGCAUUACGUCAGCGUCCUACCUCCGAGGAGUGUACCUCAGCUUCAUGGUGUUCACGGAGAGACUCACCCUGUACAUCACACUGCUCUCCUACUCGCUGUUCGGUUUCCAAGUUACCGCAGAUAUUGCGUUCCCGUUGGCACAAAUGUUCAACAUACUCCAGCUGACACUGGCUGUCCAAAUGCCGACAUGCCUGUCUAUGAUCAUGGAGAGUUAUACCUCUGUACUUCGUAUCGAGGCAUUGUUAAGCUUGGAUGAGCGGGAGGACCUUCGCAGUGUCCCGGACGUAGACAUUGCUAAAUUGGUACAAAUGGUAGAUAACAGGAAGAAAAACCAUAAUCUUAGCGAAGUAGAUCUACGUCCUAACACUUUCAAGAAAAUCGACGAAGAAGGCAUCUAUAAUCCAGGUUUUGAGUGCAAUGAAAAAGGGUUGUUGAACUCGACUCUGUGUCCGAUGCCAGUGAACCCAGACGUCGGAAUAAUGAUCCAGAACGUGAGCGCCAGCUGGACAGACGACGGCCCCGUCACUCUGAACCAACUCAACAUUACGGUACCCAAAGGAAAGCUCUGCGCCAUCAUAGGCUCUGUAGGAUCUGGAAAGAGUUCAGUUCUUCAAUUGCUGCUGAACGAACUUCGAUCAACUAAUGGAAAGAUUUACAUCUCUGGGCCCGUAUCCUACGCAAGCCAGGAGCCCUGGCUGUUCGUAGCCACAGUCCGACAGAACAUUCUAUUCGGUCUGCCCUACAACUCGAAGAAGUACAAAGAAGUGGUAAGAGUCUGCGCGCUCCAGAAAGAUUUCCAGCAGUUUCCUCAUGGUGACCAGACCCUUGUGGGAGAAAGAGGAGCCUCCUUGUCUGGUGGGCAAAGAGCACGCAUCAACCUUGCCAGAGCAGUUUAUAGACAAGCGGAUGUGUACCUGCUGGAUGACCCGCUGUCGGCAGUGGACGCGCACGUGGGGCGGCAGCUGUUCGACGAGUGCAUCAGCGGGUACCUGCGGCACUCCACGCGCGUGCUCGUCACGCACCAGCUCCACUACCUCAAGGCCGCCGAUUACAUCGUCAUCAUGAACAACGGCUCUGUGGAAGCUAAAGGAACAUACGAUGAGUUGAUAAACACUGGCAAAGACUUCGCCAAAUUGCUUUCAUCCAGCCACGAUGAAAAUGAAGACCUUAAAGAUAUAGAAAAACCACCGCCGAUGUCUAGACGAACGUCUGCUAGAUUAUCAACGACACGGCGUCCUUCGCUGUGCGAAUCAACAGGCGGGUGCGAGGUGGCGCAAGAGAUGGAGGAAGAGGAACGAGAGUCAGGCUCAAUGGGCUGGCGCGUGUAUGGUGCAUACCUGCGAGCUGGAGGCCGCGCCCCUCCACUGAUCUUCAUGAUCGUAUUGCUCGUCGUUGGACAACUGUCAGCUACACUCUGCGACUACUGGGUCACAUUCUGGACAAACGAAGUCACCACGCUAAAGGAAGCUGCUAAUAACAGAACAACCAAGGACUACCACGUAGACCGGUCGCCUCCACUUGAUAAUGGCACUUUCAAUUUAUCCAGUUACUUCUCCGGCGUUAAUAUCAAGCCAGACUUAGAAAUCCACGCGUAUAUAGGACCUCUGGAUACUGCUCAAUAUUUGUACGUGUACUCAGCAUUGAUUAUUUGCUGCAUAUUCUUCAUCACGGCACGUGCAUUCAUGUUCUUCAAGGUGUGCAUGACGGCGUCCCGCAACCUCCACAACGAUAUGUUCCAUUCUAUGCUCAGGGGGGUCAUGAGGUUCUUCGAUACUAACUCCUCUGGCCGAAUCCUCAACAGGUUCUCUAAAGACAUCGGAGCACUAGACGAAUUGUUACCACGAUUCCUUCUUGAAUGUAUCCAGAUUUACCUAGUGAUGUUCAGUAUUCUGGCCCUCAAUGCAGCAGCUCUCAUUUGGACGCUUCUGCCUACUACUAUCAUUCUUCUGUUAUUCUACACUAUCCUUCAAAUAUAUCUAAAGUCUGCGCAGGGUAUCAAAAGAUUGGAAGGCACAACUCGUAGUCCCGUAUUUUCCCAUAUGUCUGCUACUCUCAAUGGCAUCAGCACAAUACGGUCGGCUGGAGCGGAACAAAGAUUGAUUAAGGAAUUUGAUAGAUUCCAGGAUAUUCAUACUUCCACAUGGAGUAGCUACCUGGCAAGUGGUGUAACGCUUGGUUUCUGGCUGGACUUCAUCUGCGUCAUAUAUCUGACCAUAGUGAUCGUCGCCUUCCUUGUAAUCGACAGCAAAACAAUAUUCUCUGGCAACGUGGGUCUGGCGAUAUCACAGACGUUGAUCCUAACGGGAAUGCUUCAAUUCGGAGUGAGACAGACGGCGGAGGUCAUCUCACAGAUGACCAGUGUAGAACGAAUAUUGCAGUAUACGCACAUCGAAAGAGAACCCAAGUGGGACAAAGGAGAAAAAGAAACACCAAAGGGCUGGCCUUCACGUGGCCGAAUUCAAUUCAAAAGCUGUUACAUGAAAUAUACCCCCGAAGACUUACCAGUGCUAAAGAAUCUCAAUUUAGUUAUAGAAAGUGGAUGGAAGGUGGGCAUCGUAGGUAGGACUGGCGCCGGCAAAUCAUCACUGAUCUCUUCUCUGUUCCGCCUCGCCAUCGUUGAAGGAGAAGUGCUCAUUGAUGACGUUGACACUGCAUACUUGGCUCUACAGGAACUGCGAUCAAAGAUAUCCAUAAUACCCCAGGAACCGGUACUGUUCUCAGCGACUGUCCGAUACAAUUUGGAUCCAUUCAACAACUACGAUGACGACCAACUUUGGCAGGCGUUAGAAGCUGUGGACUUGAAAGCUGCAGUACCGUCACUGGACUUCAAGGUAUCGGAGGGAGGGUCGAAUUUCUCGCUGGGGCAACGGCAGCUCGUAUGCCUCGCGCGCGCCAUUUUGCGCGCCAACCGCAUCCUCGUGCUCGAUGAGGCAACCGCCAACGUCGACCCCAAGACGGAUGAAUUUAUCCAAAGAACAAUCAGGACGCGAUUUGCGGACUGCACCGUGCUAACGGUAGCUCACCGACUGAACACCAUCAUGGACUCGGACCGAGUCAUGGUGAUGGACUCCGGGCGACUAGUCGAGUUCGACCAUCCUUACCUCCUCCUUAACAACCCUGAAGGACACUUCACCAAAAUGGUUAAAGAAACCAGUGAAAAAAUGUCAGCACAACUAUACCAGAUAGCAAAGGACACAUACCUUAAUAAUGGUGGAGUUAUUUAACAGUGCCUUUCUCAAUAAGUUGUAUAAGUUAUUUGAUUAAGUACCUAAUAUUAAUUGCCAUCUUGUUGGAAUGUUUUAGAAAAUAAUUUAAAAACAGCAACUACCUACCUGUAAUAUUGCCGUGCUGGACAAGCGAUAAAUCUCAUUUCUAUUUUAUUUUUGUACCGCCUCUGUUGUCGUGAAAUCUCGUUGGAAUAGUGUUGUAGUAGUAUUUGAACUUACUUUAUUUCAUUUUUUAUAACAUUAUACAAGACAUAAUGUACAAUAAAGUUCAUAAAAUCAAAUUAAUUAGAUAUAAGUAGUAAGUUGACGUACCUACAGAUCUAUCCAAAUACUAUAUAAAUGUCUAUGUAGGUAUAAAUGUAUUAAAGUUUUCUAAUGCUAUGCCAUUGGAGACUAUUGAGAUUCUUUUCAGUUAGCAUUUACAAAAUGUACCUACCUAUACAAUUCGUUUUGAACCUCAUAAAAUUCAAAACCCAGUUCCAGUGAUGUACCUACCUUUAUAAUAGGAUAAAAUACACAUUUUUUAAUCACAAUGUUACAUUCCAUUGUUAACUUACGGCAGGCAACGUAACGUAGGUACUACCUAAAUAGAAUUCUUUAAUUGCCACAGUCAGUGGAGUAUAGUGUUAAAGUACAGUGCUGGACAAAACUUUGUAAUUUAUUUUACUAUGAAAUUGUAUCAUAACAAGAUUUUCUUAUAAAACUGAAAAAUGCCAUAGAGGUUACCCUCGAAAAAUAAAAUAUAAGGUU